AUGGCGGCCGAGAACAGCAACGAAUCGCAAGAUGAGAAAGAAACACUUAUUAAGACAGACAGAGUAAAAGAAGUGCCGAAUGAUAGUGGAACAAUAGUUGAGAGCACAAAAAACAAUGAUUCCAAACUGAUACUGUAUCACUGGACCCAGUCUUUCAGUUCACAAAAGGUGAGGUUGGCCAUCGCUGAGAAGGGCUUGCAGUGUGAAGAAUACGACGUGAGUCUGCCUCUUAGCGAGCAUAAUGAGCCUUGGUUCAUGAAACUCAACCCUGCUGGAGAGGUGCCUGUGUUAGUCCACAACGACAAUGUCAUCUGUGACCCUGCCCAAAUUAUGGAUUACCUGGAGCAGACUUUCAGAGAUGAGAACACACCAAAACUGAUUCCUGAGGUGGGGAGCAUGUAUUAUCAUCGGGUUCAACACUAUCGGGAACUGCUGGACUCGCUGCAGAUGGACGCUUAUACCCAUGGCUGCAUUCUUCAUCCAGAAAUUACAGUAGACUCUCACAUCCCGGCAUAUGCGACCACCAGAAUCCGUGCUCAGAUUGGCAACACAGAGUCAGAGCUAAAAAAGCUUGCUGCUGAACAUCCAGAUCUUAAAGAUGCUUACCUGGCAAAGCAGAGGCGCCUAAAGUCUAAGUUGUUUGACCAUGAUAACAUGAAGUAUUUGAAGAAAAUCCUUGAUGAGCUUGAGAAUGUCAUGGACCAGGUGGAGACAGAACUUCAGAGGAGAGUUGAAGAGACACCAGAGGAGGGUAGUCAGCAGACCUGGUUGUGUGGGGAGUUCUUCAGCAUGGCUGAUGUAUCUCUUGCUGUCACCCUGCACCGCCUCAAAUUUUUGGGGCUUUCCCGCCGUUACUGGGGAAAUGGGAAACGGGUCAACCUGGAGACGUACUACGAGCGGGUUCUGGAGCGCCCCACUUUUAGGAGAGUGCUCGGACACGUCAACAACAUCCUCAUAUCUGCCGUUUUGCCAACUGCUUUUCGGGUGGCUAAGAAGAGAGCUCCAUCCAUACUUGGCACUACUUUAGUGAUAGGUUUGCUAGGGGGAGCUACCUACCUUGCUUUUCUCUAUCUCAGAAAGAGAAUACUAAUUACCAGCUAA